ACCUUUUUAUAUUUGACAAAUGUCCACAACUCAACAUCAGGUGAUGAUGGAGUCAUCUCUGGCCCUCGGCAGACUGGAGCUGACCCCAAGCCCUGCCCCUGUUGGGGUUAACCUGACCCCGCGGCUCUCCGGAGGCGCCCCCGCCAAAGACAAGUCCGGCCAGCGGGCUGUAGGGCUUCAAAGCCCGGCUCACCUGAACGGCUGCGUCCCGCUGUCACACCAGGUGGCGGGUCACAAGUACGGCGUGGACAAAGUGGGUAUUUUGCAGCACCCAGAUGGAACAGUCCUGAAGCAGCUUCAGCCUCCACCAAGAGGUCCACGAGAGUUACAGUUUUACAGCAUGGUGUAUGCAGAGGACUGCUGUGAUCCUUGUCUUCUAGACCUCCAGAACUAUCUGCCCAAAUAUUACGGGACCUGGUCUUCUCCUGACAGCGCUAAUGACCUGUACCUAAAGCUGGAGGAUGUGACUCGGCGCUUCAUCAAGCCGUGCAUCAUGGAUGUGAAGCUGGGCCAGAGGAGCUACGAUCCGUUUGCAUCACAGGAGAAACGAGAACAGCAGAUCAGAAAAUACCCACUGAUGGAGGAGAUAGGCUUCCUUGUUCUCGGCAUGAGGGUGUAUAAGAUGUGCAGUGACUCUUUUGACACCUAUGACCAGCACUAUGGAAGGGGACUGGUUAAGGAGACCAUUAAAGACGGGUUGGCUAAAUUCUUCCAUAAUGGAGUGAGUUUGAGGAAGGAUGCACUGUCGGCUAGCAUCCGCAGAGUACAGCAGAUCCUCCAGUGGUUCGAGUCCCAGCAGCAGCUCACCUUCUAUGCGAGCUCCCUUCUCUUUGUUUACGAGGGCCUUUCCUCUCCUUUCUCCUCGUCUUCUCUUUCUUCCCUCCUCAGCAGUUCAACGAUCAGUCCAACUACGAUGAAAACCACCACAAUGGCCGGUGCCUGUGAACGUGGUGGGGAGGGAAAAGCUGAACAGGAAGGGUCAGGGCAGGAGGAGGGGAUGGCUGAGUACAACAACAACAACAUUCAGGUGGCAGUGCCCUGGGACUACAGCCUGGCCACCGCUAUUUACACCAAUCACAGGAAAGGUGGCGACCACCACAGUGCCAAGGGUCAUCUCCACAGCAGCAGCGGAGAUGGUAGUUUUGGGCAGAAUACAGAAUGCUCAGUUUCUGGAGAUAACAUCUCAGCACUGUGGGAAGAAGACAACUCUGCAUGGAAACGAAGAGUGGAGCUGCAACAAGCACCUAAUGGAAAUGGAAACAAAUCACAACUGGAAGGGGAGGAUGAGGAUGAAGAGAGCAAAGACAGAAGCAGCAGCAGGAGGAGAGAGGAGCAGUUGAAAGGACGAGGGGGUGAUGCAAUGGAUGGGGGUACAGGGGACAUGCAAGUUGAGGUCAGGAUGAUCGAUUUUGCCCACGUUUUCCCGAGUGACAGCCAUGAUCAUGGCUACAUCUAUGGCCUAAAACACCUGCUGACAGUGCUGGAGCAAAUGCUCUGUGACGCUGCGUAGAGCUUCCCCUUACCUGCUCAAACAACUAGUGUCUCCUCAUGUCAACCCUCCUUUUUUCUCAAAAGAUACAGAUCUUCAGAGGAGCAAAGGAAAAGUCAAAGAAGUGAAUAUUAAAUCAAAACAAAAUCACCAUCAUCAUCAUCUCACAAGAUUGUGAUGGUCUGUCAGUGUGUUUCUCUUUGUUUGGAUGUCUUGUGAGCAGAGUGGAGGUAGUAGAGGCUGAUAGCUGUUAUUAGCAGCUCUUCAUGCACUAAUCAAUCUAUGAAGGCAUUACGACCCUGUACUUGAACACAACAUCUUCAGCUGAUAGUUUACUGAUGCUCACAGGCGCCACAGUGUCACAUGGCUUCCCCUGUGGUCCAUUCAGCUGAAAAAGGGGUUUGCUUGUUAUAUUUUGACACCAUGGCCACUGAAAAUAAUUCCUUGGUUUUUAUUAAAUUCAAUACACCUCAGAUGAGGGGUGGAUGAGGUGACAAUACAUAGUGUGGAGCCAUUAGAAUUUGUCAACAUCAGAGAUUUUUCUACAGUUCUGACCAUAUAAUAUUUUCUGUUUUUUUGUACCAUUGUGGCAGCACAACCUAUUAGUAGCAAACUAAGAAUCAAAAAUGGAUUUGUAUGUCUCACAUAAUCCAUUCAUAAAUUCCUCGGGCAGACCAAUUCCUCAUCCUUUCUGUCAGGGGUCAUGGGUAUGCUGAUGUGCAGGCUCAGUAGCUGUUAAGAUUUUAUGGGCUGGCAGUGAGUCCCCACAUUGAACAGGAAUUUUUUGAAGGCUGUUCAAGGAUAGUGGCGCCACGGGAGUGGGAUUUGAUCCGUGUUAUAUAAAAAGUUAUCAUCAUGAAAAUAGAUUUUUCAGUUUUAGUGAAUACAAAGUGAAUGUCAGAAAUUGUUUGGUUUGUUUUUUACGAUGUGUGCAAGGGUUGAUCAUAAAAAUACAAGAGCAUUUCUCUUGCACAGACACUGAGCACGUCACAGUCAUGCACGUGCAACAUGUAUGAGCUGUAGCUCUCAUAAGUCAGGAUGUCACGUGACCCUGUGCUCCAGAGCACCUACCUGCCUUCGUGCUAUAGUUCAGGUGGUUUUGCCCAAAUGUUCUCCCUCAGACACCUCAGGAAGAUACUGACGCACCUUGUUGAUAUGUGGUGUCGUGCAACAUCCAAACUUCUGUCAGUUAUAACUCACACAGUUUUCAUGUGUGUAAAUGUGACAUGUUUGAUGCACGUGCACGAGGAACGGUCUCGGUAUUUUAUGAUCAAUCCUCAUGCUAUCAGAUCAUGCAGUCGGCCUUGUAAACUACCAACACUACUUUUAGAUAUGGCUCAGUCCAAUUUGAUCGUGACACGCUGGUCACCCAGCCGCACCUACACUCAUCCACAGUGGUUAACUGGAUCUGGUUCAUUUAUGUUUACAAGUAUACAGUGAAAUGACAAACAUACCAGGGCUGGGAAACAGAUGCCACAGUUCAUCUGGAUUCAGAAUGGCUCAUUGAGGCUUAAAGUUUGAGAGCAUGUGGUAAAACAAGAAGCCUGAAGAAAGUUGAAAUUUAAGUCGGGUCGUCCUUUUGUGUUCUUGUUUAAACCACUGUCUACAAGUAUUUAACUCAGGUAUUUACUGUUAAAAAAUACUUAUUAUUACUCCUAUUAUCCUCUCAGCAAGAUCUGAUCCUCAUGCUGUCUAGUUCAGUUGAGAACAGUUGUUUUAUAUAGUUGAUGUUCAUCUUAUCUCAUAAUUGACCUUAUCUCAUCAAUGUUGACCUUUGAGUCGCGUUUUUGACCUCUUAGAGCUUACACAUAAAGUAUUGUCUUCUACUGUGGCUGUUUUAAUUGUUGUUGUAUAUGUUUAGCUGCCAAAUCACCUGUCGUUUUAACAGCCUGUGCUGUCUGGUUCCCCUCCCUUUCUGUCCUGGGUUUAGCAACAGGAUUAUAUUGCUAAUGUAAUACCUGUACAUUGUUCAUGCUCAUGUUGGACGCCAGUGCCAUUGCUCUAGCAUUAACAACGAGUUAUUCUGUGAUUUUAAGUUAUUAUAAUGGAAUGAAUUUAUUUGUAACUGGGAAACAAUUGGAAAUCAGCCAUUUCCUUCCCAUAUCCUGAAGAGAUGAUUGAUUAUUUGUGGGUUUGUUUUUUUUGUUUGUUUGUUUGUUUGUUUGGUUUGGGGGGGGUUGUUUUUUUUUGGCCAUAAAUAACAUGUUGUACUAAAUGACAUAAACUAAUAUGAUACAACUUCCUAACUUCCCUAAGGAUUUUAAGAUUGUAGUAAAAAGACGUGUGAUACAUGCUGCUUUAACAAGAGUCAGUUGACAGACUCAAAAAGUGACAGAAUGCUAAAGAAAGAAAGAAAGAAAGACAGCAACUGAA